AUGGCAUUUAUCAUUCAACCCUGUUUCCCAGAAGAUGCUCCAGGCCUUGCAACGACGAUGAUGGGUGCUCGUCUCACCGACCCUCACUGGAGAUGUCUAUGGGAGAACCCAUCUACCGAAAGUAUCAUUCCUGGGGCCAUCAAGCGCAUUCCUUGGACUUUGAUGACCAGCACAGAAACCAAACGGCAUCAGAAGGUUAUCGAUGUCGAGACUGGUCAAGUGGUGGGGUAUGCGCGAUGGUCCCUCCCUCCAGCCAUGGCAAAGAAAGGAGAUGUUUGGUUGGAGGCACAGGUGGCCGAAAUGACUCCAGCCGAUCGCGCAGUGUAUGAAAAACAGUAUCAAGAGAACACCCAAAAUGGGCAGCAUAUAGGCUUAAAGGGUGGUGAGAUGAUGAGUUAUCGCAGUAGGCCUCUCGAAGAAGCCGAUGCUCGAAUUAUGCUAGGUGGACCCUUCCUGACUCUUGAUUAUUUGACGACAGACCCUUCUUUCUGGCGCCGAGGUAUCGGGAGAAUGCUUGUGCAAAGCGGACUACACAUCGCAGAUCAACACGGGAUAAAAACCUAUGUGAUGUCGGAAACGGCUGGACUGAAGCUAUAUCUUAGUCUUGGAUUUCAGCUGGUAGAUACGGUAUCGGUGGACUACUCCCAGUAUGGCGGAACGGAGCCUGUGGUGAUGUAUUUCCUUGUUCGCGAGCCAUCUCAAGCAGAGUCCGGGCUAUUUGUACGAUCUAAUUCUUCGAGCUACUUCCUGCUAUUCCUGGCCCUCCAAUUGCUCACCUUCCUCAACUUCCUCAACUUCCUCAACUUCCUCAACUUCCUCAACUUCCUCAACUUCCUCAACUUCCUCAACUUCCUCAACUUCCUCAACUUCCUCAACUUCCUCAACUUCCUCAACUUCCUCAACUUCUUCCAGUUCUUCGACCUAUCCUCACAUCAAUAUCUUCAACUCCAUCAUCUCAUCGUUGCCGGACCUCAUAAACGGAUUCAAUUGUGUCAGGAGAGGAUGGGAAAGACCUCCCGGAUGGAGAGUCUCAUUGAACACAUACAGUGCAAGAUUGAUGCAAUGGACGUCCUCUGCCAGAAGACCAUGAAUCGUCGGCUUCGCCAAAUUAUGGAGGACAUGGGCUAUCAGAUGAACGUGAAUAAUAUCAAUACCAAAACAGCCACUGCUGGAACUAAGUAUGGAAAUGAAGAAUCGAUGAAUUCCGCUUUGGAUGACGAUUGGGUUUUGGUUGCGAAGGAUGAGGACUCGUUCUAA